CCUUCCACUUCCCUGUCGACUGCUGCCGGGAGAGGAGAAAGAAGAAUGAGAGAACCCCAACACCCAAAAAAAAAAAAAAACAUUUUUGUAUGUAAAGAAAUUGCAGCCAUGGAGGCCCCGAGCUCUCAACUCAACUCCCUCUCUGUUUUCUCUCUCUACCCACAACGACACAGACAGAGACAGUGGAGAGAGAGAGAGAGAGAGAGAGAGGGAAACAGAGGAAGAACAGAUUCUGGAAUCUGUUAGAACCAAUAGGAUAGAGAAGAAGAGAGAGCAGACCCGCCCGCCACCCUGUCCUCUCCCCCAACACCUUCGGCCCCUCGCGUUUUAAGGCUCUCUUCCCGUUUCUCUCUCCUCUCUCUCUCUAGACUCUGCAACAGAGAUUGGCCCUCAACACCCCAUUAUCAGUUUUCUUACUACUCUUGUUUUGGAUUUUUAAUGUCUGUCCUUUCUUUUCUCUCACACUCUACAAAGAACAGAAAGUGACCACCUUCAUUUUCUUUUUUUGACAAAUCCUUUGAGUGUUUUUUGUUUUUUUUUUCCUUUCUGGGAUUAGCCGGAAACGUGUGAAACUCCGGCCGGAAAUUCCUGUAUCAGAAGAACGGAACAUUCUUUUCCGAUUAUCCUUACGAAGGUUUUUGUUCAUUGAUUGGGAUUUCUGGUCUGGGUUUUCAUUGCUGUACUGUUCCAUAGGUUAAAGGAUUUGGCUUUUCCUGCCAAGAGCAAAUAUUCUCUGAUUCAGGGGAAGACUCGGGUUGUUUAUCGAUUUCGGAUGCCGAGCUGAAACGAUUCUUUAGCUGAAAUCAGGAGUGCCCGCAUUCGGAUUUUGCGAGGACACGGUCUGCUGAUUGCGGGAACUGAUUGAAAUUUUUUGACGAAAUUCUGAGGUUCCCAGAAAGAAAGCAGAAAUAAAACCCAAUCUAUGAUUAAUGAGAACCUGCCUGCGACCGAUUACCCCACGAAUACUUGGAGCUUUCGAGGACUUGAGGUGAGAUCAUGGGCUGCUUAUGUUCCAAAGAGGCCGUAGUCGAUGAGAAGAUCGAAGAAGAUACGACCGUCAAGGAGGCUGAUCCGAGCAAAUCCUCUGUUCAAUUGGUCGCCCCGUCGAAGAGGGAGGAGAUUGAAUUGGAGCUCGGAAGAGGCGGCCAAGAUGGGUCGUGUCGGCGUCUGCAGAAGGUGGCCUCACAGGCCAAUGCCGGGUCAGUCCACAACCCUUCGUCCCACAACAGUAGCAGAGGGAAGAAGGGCGAUGCCGCUGCUGAGAGGCCUGGGAGUGUUCACCAUCAGAGAGGGCCGAUAGUGGUGGACACGGGACAGAAUGGAGGGCAGCAACAUCUUCAGAUGUCUAGGAUUGCGAGCUUGCCCAAUAGCAUCGAGGGAGAGGAGAUAGCCGCUGGCUGGCCCACUUGGCUCACUUCCGUGGCUGCGGAGGCCAUCCAAGGACUGGUUCCUCGACGCGCCGAGUCGUUUAAGAAGUUGAAAGUGAUUGGGCGAGGAACUUAUAGUUGUGUCUACAAAGCUCACGACCUCGAAACAGGCAAAAUCGUUGCCAUGAAAAAAGUUAGGUUUAGUACUAUGGACCCAGAAAGUGUCCGAUUCAUGGCGAGGGAAAUUCACAUUCUACGCAAACUAGAUCACCCAAACAUCAUACAGCUUGAGGGUCUAGUCACUUCAAGGAUCUCAGGCAGCUUGUACCUGAUCUUCGAGUACAUGGACCACGAUCUUGCUGGCAUUUUAGCAAGGCCUGGCAUCAAGUUGAGUGAGUCGCAGAUCAAGUGUUAUAUGCAACAAUUGUUCAGGGGGCUCGAACACUGUCAUAGCCAAGGAAUUUUGCAUAGAGACAUCAAGGGUUCUAAUCUUCUCAUAAGUGGGGAUGGAGUUCUCAAGAUCGGUGACUGGGGUCUUGCCAACUUUUAUCAACAGCAGCCACUGACCAGUCGGGUCGUCACCUUAUGGUACAGGGCACCUGAGCUUCUGCUCGGUGCUACAAAGUAUGGAGUUGGUGUUGAUUUAUGGAGCGCAGGCUGCAUUCUUGCCGAACUAUUUGCUGGGGAACCCAUUCUGCCCGGAAGAACCGAGGUGGAGCAGCUGCACAAGAUUUUGAAGCUUUGCGGCUCGCCUUCUGAAGAUUACUGGCGGAAAACGAGAUUGCCUCGUACAACUAGCUUCAAACCUCAAGUCCAGUAUAAACGUCACGUUGCUGAUAAGUUCAAAGAUGUACCUUCUACAGCUUUGUCUCUGAUCGAGAGGCUGCUUUCCUUGGAACCAAAGGACCGAGGUUCCGCUGCUUCUGCACUUGGAAGCGAUUUCUUCACAACCAAACCCUUUGCCUGUGAUCCAUCAAGUUUACCGAAGUUUCCUCCAAGCAAAGAAUUCGAUGCCAAGAUACGCGACGAGGAAGCAAAACGAAGAAAAGCAGAGUCGGUCAAAGGACGGGGACCUGAAUCGGUCAGGAGGGGUUUAAGAGACACCAAGGCAGUUCCGACGCCGGAAUUUAAUGCUCACGGGGAGAUCACUUUGCAGGGACAGUCGAACUCAAAAACCGUGAGCCACAAGUACCACGAUCAGGAGGAUAGUGGGUCUGGUUUCCCAAUCGAACCUCCAAGGGGAGUGAGACCAGACGGUUUCACCCAUUCUAGCUCCAUGAUCCACCCCAGUGCAGCCGAUUCUUCUACAUGGACAAAUAAGGUUAGCUCUGCAAGGCGCAAUGCAGAGCUUAAAACCCAAACAUCGUUCAAGCCCCAGCCCACAGUAGACCUCUUAAACGGUUCUCAUAAGGAUGAAAGCAGUUCUAGCAAAGAUUCAUCAGCUUCGGGUUACAUCCCGAAGAAGAAUAGGAUCCAUUACUCAGGCCCACUCGUGCCUCCGGGAGGGAACAUGGAGGACAUGUUGAAAGAACACGAGAGACAGAUCCAGCAAGCUGUUCGCAACGCUCGUCUCGACAAGAACAGGACAAGUAAAAUCAACGGUUAUCAUUAGAAACGAACAGUCAUAGUUCUGCUAUUGUACAGGGGAGUCUUUCUUUUAAUCCGUGUGAAAAAAGGAAAAGGGUACUCCUAGGACUACAGCUUUCUCCCACCUGCCGAAGAAAAUGCUGCAUAUAACAAGCCCAAUGAUAAACUGGUCGAUUGUUGCAGAAAGUACUGCAAACCCGAGUAUAGGUGCUUUUAUAUAUAACGGGGGUAUAGUACGAUGUUGGGCAACAUACAAAGCUUGUUCCUAAGGUGGGAAGAAUAUUUUAGGCUCUAAUAUGUUAUACGAGUUUACUCUGUACAUUGAUGGAAAUUUGUGUGCAUAUAAUGGAAGAGGGUGUUUUGCUCA